AUGCUUCAACCAGGUGAGGAUACUGUUGCCAAACUCGGUGGCCUACAUAAAAUGAUGGGCUGGAAUAAACCAAUGUUAACUGAUUCAGGUGGAUAUCAGAUAUUUAGUCUAGGCCAUGGAUCAGUUUCGGAUGAAAUAAAAGGAAUAAGAAGCAAGCAAAAAACAUUAAUAAAAAUCAAUGAAGAUGGGGCAAUCUUCCGCUCAUAUAUUAAUGGCAAAAUUUACUGCUUAACGCCUGAAAAAUCUAUACAAAUUCAGCAAAAAUUAGGAGCAGAUUUAAUUGUGGUGUUAGAUGAAUGCACUCCUUUUCAUGUGAGUAAAGAAUAUACUGAGAAGUCAAUGCUCAUGAGCCAUAAAUGGGCUGAACGCUGUUUAACCGAAUUUGAAAAAAAUAACUGUGAUAGACAAGCCCUAUAUGGCAUUAGUCAAGGAGGAAUAUAUCAGGAUCUGCGUAGAGAAAGUUGUAGUUUCAUCAAUAACCUACCAUUUUUCGGUCAAGCGAUAGGUGGGUCACUCGGUCGGGGUAAACAGCAGAUGUACGACGUGGUUUCUUUUACUACAGAGCGCUUGAAAAAAGAUAGACCCACUCAUUUGCUUGGAAUUGGUGGAGUUAUAGACAUCUUUCAUGGGGUGAGCUUGGGGAUUGAUACGUUCGAUUGUGUUCAUCCAACUCGUUUAGCAAGGCAUGGCGGAGCGUUAAUAAAAAUAAAGAAUAGAAACUCUCUCUCUUCGCAAUGCAAAGAGCAUAUUAACCUACGAAAUCAACAGUUUGAACUAGAUGAAAAUCCAAUUGAAAGUGAUUGUUCAUGUUUUACUUGCAAAAGACACUCAAAAGCUUAUAUACAUCACUUAUUAAAAGCAAGAGAACUAUUAGCUUAUACAUUGGUUACCAUUCAUAAUGUCUUCUUUAUUAACAAGUUAAUGGAAGCGAUAAGGCAAGCUAUAUUAGAAGAUAGGCUAGAUCAAGAAAGAAAUAAUUGGAUAUAA